AACGCGCCGCCAGCCGACAGCGGCUCAUCCAGCCAGCGGCCCCCGGCAGCAGCGCACCACAGGCGGCGGCUCCCCGGCUCUCUCUCGCUCUCUCCCCGGCUCUCUCUCGCUCUCUCCCCGGCUGUUUGUAUGCUUCAGCUCGGCGGCUUCGCGCUGCUCUCCGCAUGUCUCACGUUAUUAAACACGGCGGUCCGGACGGAUGCUAGAGCUCCACCUCGGGUGAUCGGGUCCGGCGAGCCCAUCAGGGUCGCUCCGGGCGACGACGUCAUCCUGCCCUGCCACCUGGAGCCCAAGUACAACGUGGAGGGCUUGACGGUGGAGUGGUCCAAGCCCGACCUCCAGCCCGACCCCGCGGACCGGCUGAGCCGGGUGGAGUACGUGCACUUCUACAGGGACGGCCGCGAGGUCCUGGACUUGAAGAUCCGGUCGUACCUCCGGAGGACGGAGCUGUUCACGGACGACCUGAAGGACGGGAACAUUUCGCUGAGGAUCAAGAACGUGACGCUCGCCGACCAGGGGAGUUACCGAUGUUUCAUCCCCAAGUUGAGGGGCCCGGUGACGGCGUCGACCAUCCAGCUGGUUGUUGCACCUCAAUCUGAUGAAACGCCACCGCCCACAAAUCUCCCGAAUCCAGAUGAACACCGUGAGACGGACGUUGAAGUUCCGUCGUCAGGUGGUCGUCUCUAUCUGAGCGCUCUGGCCGGCGGCCUCUUCCUCUUCCUCUUCCUCUUCGUUGUCGUCGGUGUUUGUUUACACAAACGGAAUCCUGGAAAGCAAAACUAUGACGUCGCCCCCACCGCCCCGCUGACGGCCUAGGCGCCUUGCUCAAAGGCUGGUGGGUAAUGCAGAGCAGCCCGGCCGGCCUCAAGUGGUCCGUUUGGAGGUCUUCACGAUGGCUCCGAUCUGAAGCUGACCCGCUGGGGGUCCUGGACUUUGUAUGGAGGAUUCCGGUCUAGGAAAUAAGGAAAUAUUGGCCAAUUUGAAAAGCGACACGUCACAGGGAAGGAGGGAAGGAGGAAGACUUUGAGGAGUUAGGAAAAGACCACCGCGGUGUUUCGAGAAUCCGACUCCGUAGUCCUGAUGUUCGUGACGUGGGUCUGCAGCUGUGGAACUACAAUGUUCAGAAGGUGGACUACAAAGAAGUGCAUCUUGGGUACUUUGUGUUGCGUCAUCACGACAUAAACAACCCGGUCCACAGUAUUACUUUAUUUAUAACAUAAACAACCUGGUUCAAAUUGCAGAAACCAGGCGCUGUGAUAAUAUGUCUUUCUUUCUAAAGGAAGGGCCCGUGCUUCCUCUGCUCAAGGAGCUAAUAAAGGAAGCAUUGAAGCUCUUUUCCUUUUGCAUUUAGAGUUCAAAUCUCACUUAUUUACGCCCAAACCGGCGCUGCUUGAUCAUAACUGACCGGCGUACGGCGGUGAAAUGGAUAACUGUCUGAAUAUGACGGAUGUCGUUUAAUAAUGACGCUUUUUACAAGAAUAACAAACCUGAAACGAAAAGUCAUGAGGUUUGACUAAAUGAAUUAAUGGUCAGUUAGCUUAGCAUUUACAACUGUAUUAAUACUAACUAGUAACAGUGUUUCAAUCUUUUGAAGUCUCUCAUAUUGCAUGUCCUGCACUUUAUAAGCUGAUAUAUAUAUAUAUAUUUUUUUAUAUAGUAUGACCUGAUUUGAAUAAAUCACUCAAUAGCUGCUGCAGAAGAAUAUUGGGAAUGUAAUUUAAUGGUUAUGUUAUUUUAGGAGUUAACAUUACAACCAGUGAAGGAAGAGUAUUUAUUGCCCGCCUGUCAAGACGGGUCAUAGUGUUACAACUGUGUUAUUAUGAAGAUUAAAUAUGUGAGAACCUGUUUUGAGUUCCUCACUAAACUGUUGAUCUAUUUAAGCACUAAAUGAAGGACUCUGUUUCAGGGAUACUAUGAUGUAUAAUAUAAUGUAUGAUAUGUUACAUGCUCUACAUGCACAGCGGGCGACUAAUAAAGCUCAUUUAAAACGGA